GCACUCUUUGAAUAAAUAGUGAAAGCCUUCCUGCUUCUGCUGACCCUCCACAUCACGAUGGAGGGGAUGGCUCUCUACCUGGUAGCUGCUCUCCUGGUCUGUUUUCCAGCUCCAUCUCACAGCCAGCUCUAUUCGCUCAUUACACCCAGUGUCUUGUGGGUAGAGAGUGAAGAGCAGAUUGUGGUGGAGGCUCAUGGACUCAAUGUUGCGACAAAGGUCACAGUCACUGUCUAUGAUUUCCCACAGAGAAGGAACAACUUUUAUCAGAUGAGAACUUUCCUGAUGCCAGAAAAUGGCAUGAUGGCAACUCCAUCCAUAAAGGUUCCAGCAAAAGACCUCAAGAAGGAUCCCAAGAAAAACACAUACGUUGUUGUCCAGGCCAGCUGUGCUCAAUUCAAUCUGGAGAAGGUGGUUCUCGUCUCCUACCAGAGUGGAUAUAUCUUCACCCAGACAGAUAAAACUAUCUAUACUCCUGGAUCACCAGUGCGCUUCCGUGUCUUUUCUAUGAAUCACAAUAUGGAACGUUUGGACAGAAAUGUGAUUGUUGAGUUUGUGACACCUGAAGGCAUUAUUGUCGGCCAGAAUAUAAUCAACCCUGCAUCAACAGUCACCCAGAUUUACAAUUUACCGGAACGUGUCAG